CGCCAAUCUUCCGGACUCGGGCCCGACGCGGUCUAUUCUCGAUGAGGCUUAUUAGCGUCGAACUAGAUACCGAUGGCAUCAUGGCGGUAUUAUUAUUAUCCAGUCUCGACUCUUAGUGCAAUUCACAGCCAAGCCCUGCACGGGUGCACCGUUUGUAGGGAUGUUGCACUGCCAUGCGACCACCUCCUGUCAUUCAUCUAUCUCAAACAUGACAUAGGUAAAUCUGCCGUCAUCAUGGAGACCUCGAUUAAAGCAUCGGAAUCUGAAACUUGAAGGAUGAGAAAGGUUGGUGUUGGUACUGCGCCUUGUUCAUAGGGUUAACCUUUCUCCAGGGAGAUUCAGCCUUGCCUGAUUGCCUCAGGCUGCGAGUUGGGUCAUGUAAAUCACCAAGAACGUUG